AUGAACUCUGUCUUGAGUUACUCGUUCUGGCUAAUGGCGAUGACUUCGUUCUAUAUGAUGUACAUCUCAUUAUUUAAUGAUGGAUUCUUCGAUCUUCUCUCACAGCAGCUGGCCACUAGAAUGCUUCCUGGGGAAUCUCCUGUCGCUCUUCUAUCGGGUUAUACUGGACUAAACACUCUCGACUAUAUACUGGACAAUACCGUCAUCUUCUUUUGGCCGAUUUCCCAGGGUCACCAUGCUGGUUUGUCCUUGCUGGGAUUGAGCUUUUCGGGAGGUAUGAUUGGCAUCUGGAUGAUCGUUGCGGUCCAUAUCUGCCGGACAUUCUCAUUCAUGCGUGGCAUGGCAGUGACUCUCAUUGUUGGGAUUGCACAGCAGGCAGUUGGUCCGGGUAUCAUUAUACCAUGUUACUUUGCUAUAGCUUCUAAGGCUAGACCGGUCUAUGAGAACCCCCAUCCGACAGGAGCAGGUCUCACACCGACCGACGGUCUAGUUGCUUCCAUGAUCAUGGGCUAUAUCCUGCCCUUGGCGACAAUGUCCCUCACAGCACCUUCUAUGAUUGCCCCUCAUGUCAAGCAGCAGGUCAUCGCGGCAUGGCAAGGAUGGCCAGUAUAUUUUGUCGUCAUAAUGAUCGUCCACCAUUUUACCAUGGGUUCUACACGCCCGAAGGAGUCAUCAGCACGCCGCCAGGCACUUUCUGUGUAUCGCUUCGGCUUUCUCUGUUCCUAUCUCUGUCAUAUAACCUGGCUCUCGGCUUUCGUGGCGUCCGAACUCCCAUCCUUUAUCCAAUCACCGAAUCUUUGCUACCUGGGUCCGUACGGUGUCACGUUCCCGCUCUUCAGUCAGCCUGCAGAGGCACUUGGAGCUCUUGAAGCUGGAUUGUUUACCUUCCUCCAAUGGGACUACGGAAUUGCUGCAGGGGCCGCGACGGUGUGGGCCACCGAUCGUUACAUCCAAGAGUGCCACCGGGCUGGAUUAGAGAUCAACAAGUCCCGACUGAUCCGACGGUUGCUCGUAUGGAUGCUGAUUGAUGGGCCCUCGGCAACGGCUGUUAGACUCACCUGGGAAUCGGAAGAUAUCUUGUAUCUGCAGCAUCAUGAUUGA